AAAUCUCGAGACAAGUCCGACCAGGCCACACACGAAAAGGUCCUCGAUGUUCGAACAAAGAUGAUCCUCUACAAAAUGUUCCACAAAGUCUUCACAAAGUUUGACGGAUGUGUGAGCACAGGCAAGGAAGCAAAUGUGUAUCAUGCCAUUUCUGCUAAACAUGAAGGGGGUUCACUGGCUAUUAAGAUCUUCAAAACAGUUGCUUCAGAGUUCAGAAAUAGGACCCAGUACAUGGAAGGAGAAUUUAGGUUCCAAAACAACACAUGCACCAGCAACAUCAGGAAACUUGUCCCCAAAUGGACCGAGAAGGAGUUCAGGAACUUGCAGAGAAUCUACAAGGCAGGAAUAAAAUGUCCUGAACCAAUCCUUUAUUUAUUUUAUUUUGAUUCAAUUAGGCCAGCGAACCGAUUGAAAGAUGAAGAGCUGACACACGAUGAGUAUGAGAAGAUGUACAGGGAUUGUGUGCUCCUUAUGAGAAAGAUGUUCCAAGUCUGCAAAUUAGUUCAUGCUGACCUCAGUGAAUUUAAUCUUCUGUAUGUUUUCUUCCAGAACAGCCUCUACGUCAUCGAUGUCUCUCAGUCCGUUGAGAUGGACAACGAGAAUGCUUUGAAGUUUUUAAACAUGGAUGUCAAAAACGUCACGAACUAUUUCAGGAAGCAAGGCGUCGUUACAAUGUCCUGCAGGAAACUGCGCAACUUCGUUGUCGGUACUGAGAUUACAGACGAGGAUAGGUAUAUAGACGAGGCAAUUCAGGAGGCUUGCGAUCGCCAUGAUGAAGACGACGAUGAUCUGGUUAGUGCUUGUGUUUUCAUUUAUUGGCGAUGUACGGUUGUUCUAAAUUAUUCUUUAUUUCUCCAGAUGGCAGAUCAAACGGAAAUACCUUAUCAGGACGCUGAUAUGUGCGUUAAAGAUUUGAGGAGACACGCCGGACAAGUGGUUGGUUUUUUGAUUUUUAUAUCUUUUAUAAGAUCUCAGUAG